UCCCACGAUUCCAUUCUGCAAGUUUCCAAAACCAAAACCAAAGCCAAACUUCAUUUACCAAAACCAAACUUCAUUUAUUUAUUCUUACAAUCAGAAACAAGUAAAACCCAUUUACAUAGAUGGAAAAUCUCACCACUCAACCUUUUCUUACUCCCUACAAACUUGGCAAGUUCAAUCUUUCUCAUAGAGUUGUAUUGGCACCAUUGACUAGACAAAGAUCAUACAACAAUGUUCCUCAACCACAUGCCAUUCUAUACUAUUCCCAGAGAACUUCUAGAGGGGGUUUUAUGAUAACUGAGGCUACUGGAGUUUCUGACACAGCUCAAGGGUAUGCGGAUACACCUGGUAUCUGGACAAAAGAACAAGUGGAGGCCUGGAAACCCAUUGUUGAUGCUGUUCAUGCCAAAGGUGGAAUUAUCUUCUGUCAGAUUUGGCAUGUUGGAAGGGUUUCGAAUAAAGAUUUUCAGCCAAAUGGACAAGCUCCAAUCUCUUCUACUGAUAAGCCAUUGAAACCACAAAUUCGGUCUAGUGGAGUAGAUGUUGCAGAGUUCUCGCCUCCUAGGCGAUUAAGGACAGAUGAAAUCCCUCAAAUUGUCAAUGAUUUCAGAAUUGCAGCCAGGAAUGCUAUAGAAGCUGGUUUUGAUGGAGUUGAGAUUCAUGGAGCUCAUGGCUACCUGAUAGACCAGUUUUUGAAAGAUCAAGUGAAUGAUCGAACAGACCAAUAUGGCGGAUCACUAGAAAACCGUUGCAGGUUUGCCUUAGAAAUAGUUGAAGCUGUUGUGAACGAAAUAGGAGCAGGUAAAGUUGGAAUAAGAUUAUCUCCCUAUGCAGACUUCAUGGAGUCAGGGGACUCUAAUCCAAAAGCAUUAGGCCUCUAUAUGGUUGACGCCUUGAACAAAUAUGGAAUUCUCUACUGCCAUAUGGUGGAGCCAAGAAUGAAAAUGGGGGGAGAAGUACGUGAAUGUCCUCACAGUCUUCUGCCUAUGAAAAAGGCUUUUAAUGGCACUUUCAUUGCUGCCGGGGGUUAUGGCAGAGAUGAUGGAAACAAUGCUGUGGCUGAAAACCGCACGGAUCUUGUUGCUUACGGUCGUUUGUUUUUGGCCAAUCCAGAUUUGCCAAAGAGAUUUGAGCUUGGUGGCCCUCUUAAUAAGUACAACAGGAAUACUUUCUACACAUCCGAUCCAGUCAUAGGUUACACUGAUUAUCCAUUUCUUGAAGCCAAUGGCAAUGUUUAACUUUCACCAAGAGGAGAAUGGCUACAUGUUUUUUACUUGUUAUAACAAUCAUUAUUUCUAGUUGGAAGCAUUCUGCAAUCAAGUCAUUUUGAACAA